GGUGCUGGUAGCGCUCUUUCGGAGAAUUACAAUAGCUAAUUUAGUCCUAGUGGCCCCAAGGUGUGAGUUCACGAUCACUGUUGAACACUUCAAAUACUCCUACACCAACCCAUGCAUAUUCCGACGGGUUGAAUAGUGAAUCCCAUGCACGAUGGAGGCCCUCAUACAUGGGCGAAACGCCUACAGAUUCUCAGCAAUAUCCGCCUUCAAACAUGAAUUUCUGGUCUGUUAUUGAUGACAGGGCCAUUGACACAGCAAGUUCACCCGACCAAACUGGCCCGAUGCCAAAUGGAAGCAACGUACCGUAUAGUCUAUCAGCUAUAUCUCAACAGCACAUUCAACCGUCUGUUCAAUCCAAUGAGCGAGAUGGACCACAUGCAGUACAGCCGACACCUUCUAGUGCCUUCCACUGCUAUCCUCCUGAACAAAUUGUUUCGCAGACAUUAUCUGUGGGCCGAUCUCACCAUGAAGGUGAUACAAAUCCUCUUCAUAGCCAGUGUGCACUCAGCAGGAUUGAUCAAAACCAGUCUUCUCUUACCGGCAUCUAUGCUUCUGCGACAUCAGCAGCCACACAGGCACAGGAAAACCACCAGUUCGUCCAAGCGCUUCGGUCUAGCGUACAAGCACAGAUUCUGGAAAGGCCAACAGAGAGCCCUAUAUCUGAGUGGAACAAUGAUUCACAUCGGGAAACUUUGACAAUAAGCAACCACUCUAUUAGGCCAUUGGAAUCUGACCUACAUAAAGACCAAUUUCAACAACCGUCUAGUUGGGCCCAGUCAAUUGCUCUCAACCCUGCCAGCUUCUUGGAUUAUCUGCCCAGUACAGCCCCUGCCCAGUCUCUUCCCCUUGACCCUGCCAGCUUCUUG